UCAUGAUAUCCAGACGUGAGAAACUACUAAUCUAUCCAUGGGAAUUACAGCGAUAUGAAAAACAUAGACAUAAUGUUGUAAACGCUAAACCAGCUAUAGAUGUGAAGACACCUCUAAGCUAUGCACACGUUACGAUCAAACUUAAAAAAGUACAAGCCGAAAGAGAACGUUUGGAAAGAAUAGAAAAAGAAAACGUCCGUUUGCUUCAAAAACUAGGUGAUAUUAUGGGCACGAAACGUCUGAAGAAUUUUUGGAAACAAUCAAGACCUGAUUUCUUGAAUCGUGAAAAACUUUUUAACGUAAGACCAAAAACGUGCAAAAUAACUAACAAAUCAUCAGGAGGCUAUCAAGACUUUGAUUAUGAACGAUUUGGUUCUUAUAAGAGAUGUCAAAGCUGUUCUGGAAGACCAAUUCAAAAAGUUCAGAAAAUUCCCGAAGAACGCAUUCCAUGGCAACCACCAAAAAAGUCUUGGAACAUUAGGAAUAUUGAAGAUUAUAAUGUUAAGAAAUGUCUUCACUGUCAAAAAUUUAUAUAAAUAGUUAUUUAAAUUUUCUUAAUUGAUUUUAAAUAUUAAAUAAGCCCAAAAUCAUA